AUGAAAGAAGACGGAAUUUGCUUGGAGUGCAAGAGGCCAACAGAAACCGUGGUUAACUACAAGAACGGAGAUACAAUCUGCAUUGAGUGUGGCCAUGUCAUAGAGAAUAACAUCAUCGAUGACCUAGACGGUGCUUCGACCAACCCUAAUCUCAAAUCCGGCCAUCUCCCCACUAUCAUCUUCAAACUUAGCGGAAAAUCUUCCUCCCUUGCCUCAAAAUUGCGCCGAACACAGAAUGAAAUGAUCAAAAACAAGCAGGAAGAAGAUGUAAUCAAGAUAGCCUAUGCGGAAAUCGAGAGGAUGACCGAAGCGCUAGGGUUAACUUUCGGUAUCAGUAAUACGGCGUGCAAGAUUCUUUCGAAACUGGAUAAAAAGAACUUACGCGGAGGGAAGAGUUUGAGAGGGCUUUGCGCGGCCUCUGUAUCAAGGGCAUGUCGCCAAGUGAAUAUACCAAAAACAUUGAAAGAGAUCUCGGCAGUAGCCAACGUGGAUAUGAAGGAGAUAAACAAAGCGGUGAAGCUUCUUGGAGAUUCUUUCGGUACUAUUUGA